AUUCAAUGAAAUGUUUUAAAAUAUCUAUCAUAAUCUUACAAGUUAAUCAAAGGGGUAGGAUUUGGGGAGAGGAGAAGGAUAAGGGUCUGGUUCUUGGCGUUUCCCGAAUAAACUUCCAACUUCUGAACAUUAUAUAUAUUGAACCAAAAUGCACAUAUCAUACACAACAUCUGAAAGAAAAAAAACUCCUUGUUCCUUAAUUAACAAUAUCAAAUUUAAUAUGGCUUCUAUAUCAACCUUUACCUAUUUCUUAGUCACUUACAUAGUCCUUGGUGAAAUUUUCUUUGUAACAUUUUCAUAUGCAACAGAUACUACUACUUGUCCAUCAGGCUAUCCAGAUAAGGGAGUGGCAGUGGACAAAGAUGACAUAGACAAGAUGCAAUUUGCAGUGAACUUGGAGUUUUUAGAAGCUGAGUACUUUUUAUGGUCUUCUUUUGGAUAUGGGCUUGACGUAGCUGCACCAAAUUUGCCUAUGGGUGGGCCUCGUCCUAUUGGUGCUCAAAAAGCAAAUCUUGAUCCACUUACCCAGGCCAUUGUUAGAGAGUUUGCUAACCAAGAAGUUGGUCAUCUAAGAGCACUUAAAUCGACAGUUGGCAUAUUUCCAAGACCAUUAUUGGAUCUUAGUGCCGAAAAUUUUGGCAAGUUAUUUGACGAAGCAUUUGGGCUCAAAUUGGAUCCUCCCUUUGAUCCAUAUAGAGACGGCUUGAGCUACAUGUUAUCCUGCUAUGUAAUCCCCUAUGUUGGAUUGGUUGGUUAUGUUGGUACCAAUCCCAAUAUCAAUGGAUACAAAACCAAAAGGCUUUUGGCAGGAUUAUUGGGUGUUGAAUCAGGACAAGACGCAGUUAUCAGGAUGUACCUCUAUGAAAGAGCAACACGAUUAGUUUCCCCUUACAAAUACACAGUGGCUGAAUUCACUUCUCGUAUAUCAACACUAAGGAAUAAAUUAGGAAAAUGUGGGAUCAAAGAUGAAGGCCUAUUCGUUCCACCACAACUCGGAGCAGAAAAUCGGACUAUAAGUAACGUGUUAUCAGCUGAUUUCGAUUCACUUUCAUACAAAAGAACACCUGCUGAGAUUCUGAGGAUUGUGUACAGCUCUGGGGAUGAACAUGUGCCUGGUGGAUUUUAUCCUAAAGGUGCUAAUGGAAAAAUUGCCAGGGGAUUUCUGAAAAAGACAUGAGAAUAAUUAAAAGCUUAUCUAUCUAUCUAUAUUAGUAAUAAAUUUCAUGAAGAAAAAUAAACAUGCAUAAUCUUUGUUUUAGCAUACGCCAAAUAAUUGCUUUCAUGCAGAUUCAGUAUUGGGGUUGUAGCAGCUUUAUAUAAAAGCUGAGUUAGGAAGCAUUGUUCUAUUUAAUUUCCUCAACCUGUUGUUUAAAAUUUUUCAUAAAUAGUUAAUUGUGUUCCUUAA